AUGUCCCUUAUGAGCUUUCUGCCGCUGGUCCCACUGGGUCUGUUUAGCGCUACGCUUCUACUCUCCUAUGUGCCUGGUGGAAGUGCAUCCUUGACUUCGAAUCUGGACACGCGGGCCGGUAACAGCAGCAGCAUCCAGCUGGGGAGCCUCUUCAUAAAUCCCGGAGGGCCAGGUACUGAAGCUGUGGUGCAUGACAUCGACUUCAUGUCGAAAGCGUUCGAUGGCGACGACGCGCCUGUCAACUACUUUGGCACGUCUUAUGGGUCUCUGCUUGGGCAGUACCUAGUGCAGAUCCUCCCUCCAGAACGCAUCGGCCGCGUCGGCAUUGACGGAAUCCUUGACCCGGAACAGUGGUCCAAAGAAUCCACGCCGCUCUCCCAAACCCGCGAAGUCGGCCCCAUCCUGCAGCACUUCGCCGACACCUGCGCCUCCGCCGGGUCCGCCUGCGCGCUCGCGCCCCUCUCCUCCACACGGAUCCUCGCCCAGAUCAACCGCACGCUCGACAGCUUGUACGCCGCGCCGCCGCGCGUCACCACGCUCGUCUACCCCGCGUACAUGGAUGCGGGCAUCCUGCGCAGCGUGCUGUUCAACGGGCUGUACAACACGCAGGACUGGCCUGUCCUAGCAGAGCUGCUGGCCGAGGCGUUUGCGGGGAACUACACGCGAAUAUUGCGCGGCCGUCUGCCCGCGGUCGACCCCGCGGACGGGGCGCGCCCGGACACGUCGCUCGCGGCGGAGCUCGCCAUCGCAUGCAACGACGCGGCCCCAGUGAGCGCCUCAGAUCCCGCGACGGUCGCGCGGCAGAAGGCGGAGCAGAUCGCACAGGCGCUGGAACAAAAUUCGCCGCAGGUGGGCGAGAGCCCGUUCGCGGUUGACCUGUGCGCGUACCUGCCCGAGGUGCAGCCCUCGCGCAGCCGGUACGGCGGCGCGUUCGGAUUCGCGAACGGCACGCUGCACACGCCGAUUUUGAUCCUCAGCCAGACGUACGACCCCGUCACCCCAUUCUCGAACGCGCUGAGCAGCCUUGAACGGCUGGGGAGCAACGCGCGGCUCAUCCAGCAGGCGGGCGGGUACGGGCACACGGUGCUCGCGCAGCUGUCGGACUGCGCGGCGGGGCUGCUGCAGGCGUACUUCGUGGAUGGCGCUGUGCCGGAGAGCAGCCAUACGGUUUGUCAGGUUGAUGAGCAGCCAUUCGGCGCAUAG